UUGUUUAGCACCGACCGCAUACACAACUAGAAACUUCUGACCAACUCAUGCCAGCGAACUGCCCACGUCUAUCGCUGCCGGGGCAGACAGGAUCGGACGAAGGUUUUGAUAGCUCAGCAAAAUGCCAUCUUACCCCCUGAACCAGUUUGCUGACCUGGAAGAAAUGAUGUGCAAGCAUUUACAGAAUCUCGACCUGAGGGAGCCAAACAGACUCCCACCAUCCCUCAGUCUGGCCAUGAGAACACCAGGCUACAUCAGUGAGCAAUGUAGAAGUGCUUCGUUUUCCCUCUCAUCCCUCUCCUGCCUGCCCACUGAUCCCUCAGACCGUGUAUUUCUGACCUCCAGCCAAUGGGGGCAGCAGUCAGAAAGCGCUCUGUCCUCCCAUCUUGGUAAUUCCACCCAAAGGGGAAAGUCAGGCUUCUUUUCCCAGCGCUCCGUCAGCAUGGUUGAGACCAGCAGCACCACAGGAGCGAUGCUAUCCUGGCCUGGAGCUGAAUUAAAGAGCCCCCAAAGUGACAUCAGCCCCACUGCACUGAACACUAGCUCCUCCUCAUCUGUUUCCACCUCGUCUUCUUCAUCACGCUAUAAAACUGAACUGUGUCGAUCUUUCACUGAGAGCGGCUUGUGCAAGUAUGGUGGGAAGUGCCAGUUUGCCCAUGGCGCAGAAGAGCUACGUGACCUUAACAGACAUCCUAAGUAUAAAACUGAGCCGUGUCGUACGUUUCACACCAUCGGCUUCUGCCCCUACGGGAUCCGCUGUCACUUUGUCCACAACAAUGAGGAAGAGAAGAAAUACUCCUACUCUCGCUCCUCCUCGUCUUCUCCCUCUUCCUCAAACAUUCCCCACCAGCCACCUUCCUCCUCUCGCUCACACAGGCCUCCUCUCAUGAGACAGAGCUUCAGCUUCGCUGGGUUUCCAUCUACUCCUCAACAAAUCCUUCAGCCUGCCCUCACUGGUCCUGCUCUUUCUGCCACCCCCUCCUUUACUCGUGCUCCAUCGGCCUCUCCUCUUUCCUGUGCUGACGUUACUGACCUCCUCUCCCAUGCCUUCCUGGAGAUGGACUCUGCCUUCGAGGCCUCUCCUGCCCAUCAGUACCAGCCCGCUAUGAGCCAGGCUACUGCAGCCGAUCCCCGCUCUCCAUUCCUGCCUUCCCCUGACUCUGGCUUUUCUCCAUGUGCGCUGUCUCCAACCGACUCCCCUUCCCUGAGGCAGAGCCCGGGUGCGACUGCGGUCCCUUCAGGACCACUGGGUGCCCGAUCCCUGUCCUACACCUCUCUGUCCGACCAGGACCAGGAUGGAAGCAGCUCUGCCAGCUCGGUCAGCGGCUCUGAAUCCUGCGGAGGCAAUAACGAAGCCAAUGGCAAACGUCUAGCGGUUUUCAGUCAGCUCUCUGUUCCUGAUGAUGCUACUGGAUUCUGCCUUUAGACCGCAGUGUGUAGGAACGCAAACAUACAUAUUUACAUACACUCAAACAAAGCACAUUCAAUACACACAUACUUACACUCCAAGACCCACAGUACUCACACACUAGACACCUAUAAAUGCACCCUCCUCUCUUACACAGCUUCCUGACACUGAAGACGUUCUUCACAUCUGUUUGGCGUCAGAGGAAGCAAAGAACUUUGUGACUGACUCAAAACACUCUGAGAUUCCCGUUAGACUUCCGUGGUUAAAAUGUCACGUGCGCAAGCCACAGAGAUACGUAUUAUAAGAUGUGUGUGUUGCCACCAAAACGGAGAACAUAUCAAGAUAGAUGGUUAAUGAGCUGGAAGCCUUAGUGCUUUAUCAAAAUAGUAUGCUGAGAUGGCAAAUUGUGACAGUUGUGAAGAUAUUGUAAUCACAGUGUGAUCGGCCUGUUGGCUGAGCCCAGCCACACCAUUCAUUUAUCAGCAUCUUAUAAAUGAUCUAAAGAAUGUGACAAAGCCAAAGACAUCUGUUUGUAGCUCAGAUUUGUUUUUGUUUGUUUUUUUUUCAUUAUGGUGGGACAGCACACAAUGUGACCUAUGCUUAGGAGUUGUUGUUCUUCCAGUAACUGUACACAGGAUCGUUUAUGAGCUCGAGAAAUUGAUUUUUUCCUCAUAACUGUACAAUCUGAGGUCAUGUUUAGAUCGCUGGCCCGCGAACCUGAAUGUUACGUUUUUAAACUCUGUGCCUGUAGUGUUAUUUAACAGGUCAUGUUACAUGGUUGAACCAAGAUUUGCUUGUUUGUUUGGAGAGAUGAGAGCAGGGGUGAGAGUCUUUUUUUUUUUUUUCUCGUCUCUUUUUAAAGAGUAAGCUAGAGUGAGUGGAGAUAUCUCGUUGGUAAGGUCACUGCAAAUGCUGUUCUUCUGUUUCUUGUGGAUUGUUGACAAACUGCAACCAGUAAAAUGUCAAAUAGCCAAAUUCAAACUGCUACAGGAGAACGAGAAGGACUUGAUCGUUCCUUUGCAUUUGCUAUGCUGAUGUUGUAUCACUGACUGUGCAAUUGGAGGAAUUUAUUGGGCUUUGUUUUGCACAGUAGGCACUGAUGAACCAUCUACACUGAAAGUCACCAAAAAUGAGAUGUCAUUAUGUCACCAUCUCAUUUUUUAUUUUUUUGUUAAUCUGAAAUGCCAUCUGCAGAGCUUGAUUUGCCAGGUGAUUGGCUCUGAAGUAAAAGUUAAAGUCAAGUGAGUUGUUCUUGAAAGUUCUGUUUUCCUUUGUGGUGCUGAAAUGCAUCUUUAGAUUAUCUUAUACACAAACAUUCCCAGUCGUGGUCUUUUUUCCCCUCCCUUGCCUACAGGAACACUGUUACAUUUUUGAUGAAUGUUUUUUUUCUUUUUUUUGUGACUCUCACCCCACCUCACUGCAUCUCUCUGUCAUUCAGUAUUAAUUCUUCCUGUUACAGCUUUGUACUGUUAUGAAUGUGCAGCGUCCUGGUCACGUCCACGUGCACUGUGCUCCCAGGUCCGUUGCUUUACUGAGCUAGAUCCAGCAUACUGUAGGGCUUAGGGGUAUGUAUGCUUUAGUGUUUUAGAAAUGUUUAUUGACUGUUCUGUGUGUUUAUGAUGUAGUUGGUUAGAAGAACAGCCACCAAGCUGUUCCUGGUCUAUUUAAAAUUGCCUUUUCAUCAACAUGUUUAAGGCCUGUUUAGUGGUAAAGGUGAUAAUCUUUAGUAAAUUAAUUUCUUUAAUUUAUUUUUAACGUAUUUAUAGAGGACUUUGAGUUGUUAAUGCUUGUAUCAAGUUUAAUAUAUUUUGGUUUCUUUUGCUUUUUUUGUACUGGAAAUAAAGUUUUUUUUUUCGUUUUUUUUUUUUAAACAGACUGUUUUGCAUCAUCACCUUCUCAGGGUUGCACUUAAUCAUCAACAGGUGAAAUCCACACUGCCAUGUUUGACACAUCUGGUUUACAACCUUGUGUUGAGCAAUGCAGAAGUUACAAUCGUUAAAUGUACUUCAACUUUCUGCCAAGUUUCCUAUAUUGUGCUGGCUGUAGUAUAAUUUGCAACACGUGAGGUUUUUACAUGCAGGGUGCAGGGAGGAAGGAAGCAAGCAGGAAACCAGUGAACUGUCAUUUAUGUUUUUCAUCUCAGCUCACAUUCCCCAGUGACACUGUACUGUUGAGGUUAACUGUAUCUAUGCACAAUAUGUAAAAUUGUUUCAUGAAAAAUCUGAAAUAUCAGCUUUUCAUGGUAUAAAGUCUUGUUUUAAGCUUUGUGACAGUC